AAACUGACUUUCUAUUGUUUGCUAGAAAAUAGAUUGGGGUAUUUGUAUGUGGAUCUCGAGGGAUCCGAGCCUCGUAUAAAUUAUACCUCUUCCACCAAUAACCACGUCUUACCUAUGUGUGUUAUUUAACAUAGGCAAUUUAGGUCGUUCCUGUUGUUAACCCUAUUCCGUUAACUCCGAGUUUAGCUACACGACAAUGGAAGAGUCUAAUUUCCAAAACUCUACUGGCAAAGUUGAUGUACCAAGCAGCAAACAGGAGUGUUACGUAAAUCACUAGAGUUUCCGGCGCUCGAAACUUUGGCCAAUCAGAUAACUGGUAAGAAAGCGUUUUGAACAUACUCGUGUUCUUAGAAUCGAUAUGAUUGGUUCAAUGUAUGUCUUCGUUGGAGAGGGCCACCAUGACGGAUAACAUAAGAAAGAGUCCAUGUUUUUCAUCUCCCAUUAAAAGAGCGGCAGCAAUGGACACACUCAGUUGACACUGUACCCAGACAUGGCCAAAGUAAUUGGCUCCAAUAAUGAUCUGUCUGUCAAAUACAAAGCCAUGACAUGUACUCACCAUUAUGCUGAAGGUCAUCAAUAUUCCUACCAGCUUAGUGGUGAAAUGGAUGCAGUAGGGAGUGAGGAUAGGCCGGCUUCUCCUGGUAAAGACAACGCCCAUACAUACUUUGAUCAGAAAAUCGAAAUACCAAGAGAGGAGAAUGAUUUUGGUUUUAGCUUGCGCAGGCUGUGGGCGUUCACAGGGCCUGGGUUUUUGAUGAGCAUCGCCUAUCUAGACCCUGGGAAUAUUGAAUCAGACUUGCGGCAAGGAGCAGUAGCUAAGUUCAAGUUACUAUGGGUUCUUAUGCUUGCGACACUCAUGGGACUCAUUAUGCAGAGACUUGCUCUUCGCCUAGGCACUGUUACAGGGAUGCAUUUAGCAGAGGUCUGCAAUGCAAAAUACCCCAGAAUCCCCAGGAUUAUUCUGUGGGUCAUGGUGGAGAUUGCCAUCAUUGGAAGCGAUAUGCAGGAAGUGAUUGGUACUGCCAUUGCAUUCAAUCUGCUAUCAAAUGGGAAAAUACCCUUGUAUGGUGGAGUACUUAUCACUAUAACAGAUACUUUCAUAUUCCUUUUUUUAGAUAAAUAUGGACUUAGAAAGCUUGAAGCUUUUUUUGGAUUUCUAAUUACUAUCAUGGCAAUUUCAUUUGGUUAUGAGUAUGGUGUUGUAAAACCAGAUCAAGUAGAGGUUGUUAAGGGACUUUUUACUCCAAUGUGCAAGAAUUGCAAUCAAGAAGCUAUCCUUCAGGGUGUUGGUAUUGUUGGUGCUGUUAUCAUGCCGCAUAACAUGUAUUUGCAUUCAGCUCUUGUAAAGUCUAGGGAAAUAAAUCGAAGUGAUAAGAAAGCUGUCAAAGAAGCAAACAUGUAUUAUUUUAUAGAAUCAGCCAUAGCCUUAUUUAUAUCAUUUAUUAUUAACAUAUUUGUGGUGGCGGUUUUUGCUGAGGCAUUUUAUGGGAAAACAUAUCAACAAGUGUUCCAGGGUUGCCAUGAUCAUGGGAUACCACAGAUCAAUGUUUUCAAUGCCACAUCUCAAGGAAAGCAUUGGAAUGACACAAUUGAAGGGGAUUUAUACAAGGGGGGUGUUUUUCUUGGGUGUGUUUUUGGUGCUCCAGCACUGUACGUCUGGAGUAUUGGAAUUUUAGCCGCUGGACAGAGCUCAACAAUGACGGGUACCUACUCUGGGCAAUUUGUGAUGGAGGGUUUUCUCAACAUUUCAUGGGCUCGCUGGAAGAGAGUUCUCUUCACCAGAUGCAUUGCUAUUGCGCCCACACUUGCUGUUGCAUUCUUUGAGGGUGUCCAGGAUCUCACAGGAAUGAACGACUUCCUGAAUGUACUACAGAGUUUACAGUUGCCGUUUGCAUUGCUCCCUGUUCUUCACUUCACUAGUGACAAAUCCAUCAUGGACGGCUUUGCAAACUGCAGGGUAAUGCAAGGCCUUGUUUGGUUGCUGUCUAUGUUGGUUAUUGGAAUAAACAUGUUCUUUGUCGCCACAAGUUUGGGCAAGCUCCCCGUCAAUGUAGGGCUGUAUAUACUGGCCGGGGCACUCCUCUGCUUCUACAUAGCAUUUGUAGGAUAUCUGGUAUACUUGGCCGUAGGAUUCUCAUUCCUAGACUUUAUACCUUGCCUUCGAAAACCGGUGAGUUCAUACGAGCGACAGGAAGACGACGAAUCCGAAGGCACUAUAAACGGCUAGUUAUUCCUUCUGGUUAACCAAUUUAUAUAAUUGCGCAAUCACAAAUUGUUAAAAUUAUCUGAAUAAAUGGAACUUGAUUUGAUAAUAAAUUGUACUCAGCUUUGA